CGCACCGUGUCCAUGCCCGUGGAUUGUGGAACUCGCGUAACCUUAUGUCGGAAUUUUAGAAAACCACUGAAACGUUAAAUGAGAACAAGCCUAGAAUGGACUAUUUAUGUCGGUGAUAUUUACCUGUUAAAGUACACAUCGUAGCAACGAAAUGACAGUUCUAAGAUUUAUGCCGUCAUUAACUAGAAGAUACGACAGACGAGAUCAGUGACGUCUUAACACACUUCUGCUGCGAAAUGACUCCUGACAUCUCCGUCUGACCUGCCAAUCAUCACAAUGUAUCGAGUGAUCCGCUUUGUCAGGGUAUUAUAAAACCCCAUCUGAAUGUCCAUGUUCUUCUAUGAUCCGUAAAGUUCCACUUUUACGACCAAUAAAAGCUGAUCACCAAUACCAAUCAGUUCCUAAACCUGAUUGUUUUAGUUUUUUUCACGACAAAGGAUCGAUUUAAUCCCAUAACGUACUAUAUAGAGCGAACUAUCGUUGUGGGUCGCGUGGAAAUAGUAAAGAAUCAGGCUAUCUGUGAAGUAUUUGAAUGGUGAUAACAUGCCAGCGAGAGAGGUUCCGAGUUAUAGCAGUUCUCGCAUUCAGAGAGCAUACCGGAUUAACAACAUCGAACAGUCUCGCCUUGCGGGCAAACUUCAGCUGUUGGACAGGCAGAAAGUUCAUCAAAUCCGAUUGACAAAUCAAGACAUUCGUCUGAUUUCGCUAUCACUCGAUUACAUCCAGUCCUCCAGUGGCCACAGUCCCGAAGGGUUGUCUCCCAUUAAAGAGGACUCUGACAGAGAAGACCUGAAUGACAGCCCGGAAGAAAAAGGGCCGUGCUUUCUGUACGGCGAGAGAAUCGUCAGCAGAAGAGUUCGCCGCUUCCGAAGACCUCAGUCCGCCACCGACAAGAGCCGAACGGAAAGCGUGACGUCUUCUUCGGAUACGGCAUCGUUGCUAACUCCGCGACCAAAAAGUAGUCCUUCGAAGAGCCGCCAGUCGGUGUUGUGGAUGACUGCGCUUCUUGACGAUGAUGAUGAUGACGACGACUACGCUGUAUCACAGAAAACAAGAAGCAGAUCCCCUUCGCCCGUACAUUCGUGGGAAAACGAAACAGACGAGAUUACCAGAACGAUAAUCCAGUCCCAGUCGCAGAAGAGACGUACUUCCGUCUGGGAGCGCGAUCCAUUGGAAAUCCGUAAGAUGAGCGUGCCAGCUUUGAAACCAUUCCCCAAUGGUGCAGACGACAGCCAGCGUCCCGCCCCGCCCGUACGUCGAGCAUCCACUGUGCCAUCGAGUGGAAGGCAUUCCAAUAUAUCGGACAUCUUAAAUCAAAGACGCCCAACGCUCUCUGCCGAAGCCUGGAAGAACCAUCUGAGUAAAAAACGACCCAUGCCCUUAUCGCUAGAAAACCAAAGAGAGAAAGUGAUGAACGAAAAACUGGAAAGAAACGAAAAUUUGAAAGACUAUGUUGAUGGAAAAGUGAAGAGUUUUAUAGACAGCUAUCCAACAAGACGAAGCUCUGUGGAGAGUAUGUAGCACGAGAUUGGCAGACUCUGUUCACUGGUUGUGACAACAAUUUGUGUUAUUUUAAAACAUGCAAAAUAAUUUAUUCUAUAUUCCAGUGACACAUGUGGUGUUUGGUGUUUAGUAUUUAUCAUAGCGUAUUUAAAUGAUAACGACAAACCAAUAUGUGGUGUGCAUUUCUUUACAAAACAAAGCUUGCAUAAAGUCAUAAAUCGUUA